GGGGGAGGCGUGAGGGUGAUGGGACGGCCAGCUUGUGUGCAUAAAAACCCCCAGCGAUCUUCAGUCUGAUGUCCUGUUGCCUCACGAGCAUCUCCAGACCUCAAGAUCUUCAUCUUUUCACAGCGAUAGCGAAGAGAACAAGACCAACCAUGAGCCACUCUUCAAUGCAUACUUCCACUUCCUACAGGCGCACCUUUGGAAGCCCACACCCCAUCUCCAUGUCCUCUUACGCCCCUGUGUCCUCCCGUAUGCCUGGUUCUGGAGGGCGCUAUAUGCGUUCAAUGUCGCCUGUGGUUACAUCCCGCUCCACCACCUACCAACAACAGCGUUCCCGCCCCACCACCCAGUCCACUCGCAUUGCCUACGAUAAGGUGGACUUCACCCUGGCUGAAGCCAUCAACCAGGAGUUCCUGACCACCCGCAGCAAUGAGAAGCAGGAGCUGCAGGAGCUCAACGACCGCUUUGCCAGCUUCAUCGAGAAGGUGCGUUACCUGGAGCAGCAGAAUGGUGCACUGCAGCAGGAGCUCAACCAGUUCAAGGGCCAGCAGCAACAUGGUCAACCCAACCGGGCCACCGACCUCUUCCAGGAGGAGCUGAGGGAGCUGCGGCACCAAAUGGACACCAUCGGAAAGGAGAGGGACCAGUAUCUACUGGAGAGGGACAACCUGGCUGAGGACGUGGGCCUGCUUAAGCAGAGGUUGGAGGACGAAGCCCAGAAGAGGGCAGAUGCCGAGAAUAACCUGGUUGCUUUCCGCAAGGAUGUGGAUGAUGCCACGUUGGCCCGUCUGGAGCUGGAGAGGAAGAUCGAGUCUCUAAUGGAUGAAAUUGAAUUCCUCAAGAAGCUCCAUGAUGAAGAAAUCCAGGAAGUACAAGUGAGUGUCCAGACCCAGCAGCUGAAGAUGGAGGUGGACAGCAGUGUCAGGCCCGAUCUGACUGGUGCCCUGAGGGACAUCAGGGCCCAAUAUGAGACCAUUGCUUUGAAAAACAUGCAGGAAUCUGAGGACUGGUACAAGUCCAAGUUUGCUGAUUUGACUGAGUCUGCAAAGCGCAACACCGAUUCUCUGCGGCAGGCCAAGCAGGAGGCCAACGAGUCCAGGAGGCAGAUUCAGUCUCUCACCUGUGAAAUCGAUGCGCUGAAAAACACGAAUGAAGCUCUGCUGAGGCAGAUGCGUGAAAUGGAGGAUCAGUUCGGCAAUGAGAUUGGCAACUACCAGGACAAUGUAGGCAGGCUGGAGGAUGAGAUCCGCCACCUGAAGGAGGAGAUGGCUCGCCACCUUCGGGAGUACCAGGACCUCCUCAAUGUCAAAAUGGCUCUGGACAUUGAGAUUGCUACUUAUCGUAAACUGCUGGAGGGGGAGGAGAGCAGGAUUACUAUUCCCAUCGUCAAUCUUGGCAUGAGCAAUCACUUUGGUGACCGAGACUUUGAACAAACUCCAAGCACCGUGAGCAAGAGGACUGUGGUGAUCAAGACAGUUGAGACUAGAGAUGGAGAGGUGGUGAAGGAGUCCAGGAAGGAGAAGGAGAGAGACUCAGACCGCUCUGAUAGAACCGACAAGGACGACCAUGACGAGUAGAAAAAUACAGAUUAGAAAAUGUGAAGGCCAGAGCCAAGAAGGGGAAAAAAAUACAAUAAAAAAAUGAGAAAAAUAGGGAAAAAACCCCCAAACUCCUCAUUCUCAAUAGUUAUGUGCUUUAUUGUCUAGCAAAGAGUCUCUCAGUAUAGGUGCAAUGUUGAAUGAAUCCCUUUAGACAGUGUCACUUUGGUGCUAUUUAAGCUACCCGAUUUUUGCUAAACACUUGUGUCAUCCGUAGGACUAAGCGAAACCACUUUAUUAACAUACCACUUGAGGCCUUGAUUUACAGAGCAAUCCCGUGAAAUCCUUAGACGAACAGACGUACGUAGCAGAGUAUUAAACUAGAGGAGGUAGUUUAAAUGCAGAAUUUUAGUAUUUGGUGUCGUAGAUAUACGUAACUUACUAACAAGACAUCAGACACUGCCCUUUGGUCAACAUUCCUUAAAAGACAAGCUGAUAAUAAAUUACCUUUUUGCAUUUGUUUUAGAAGCUUUGCUGUCCUCUUAUUGUGCAAACCAACAAAUCAGCAAAGACGUGGAUCAUUAAUAAAUAUGUAACACACAGGAAAUGUCGACAGUCACCAACUGAAAAGACUUGCUGAAUGUGCUUCGCAUCGCUGUGUGUACCUGGCUCGAUUGAUGAAUGAAUAUGUAAGUUAAAAUAAAUUUAAU